GUGGCGUCGUUUCUAAGCGAAUGUAAACAAACGUGCUUUUCGUUUCAUUAUGGAUAAAACAGACUACACAGUUGCAUGUGAGUGGCGGAGUAAGUGAGCCCGCUGCGACAGCUGCUGUCCUGCCUAGCGAAGACUGUGAUGAGAGAAUGUCCCAGAGGGGAGGUUGUCGCAGCCAAGGUCAAGGUCACACCAGUCCGGACAGAGGUCAUGAACUCCGGCAGUUCCGGGGGAGGGGGCGGGGGCGGGGGUCGACCUCUGGCCUCUACCUCCUCCACCAGCAUCACGUCGACAGGUCAAGGUCAAGGUAGUGCUGGUAGUGGGCUGGGUCAAGGUCAGGGCAGAGGUCCGCCGUCUGCCUCUUCCCGUGGCAACUCGGCCAAGUAUUACGACAUCGCUUCCACGAUACUCGGGGGCUCCGGGGAUGUGGAGCUGGUGCUUCUCAACGCUGCCAAGAAUGGCAACUACAGCAAGUUGGAGCAGCUGUUGGAGAAGAGAAAAGAGUUCCACCUGGACAUUAACUGCAAGGACAAACGGACGGGGAACACUGCGCUCAUGUGGGCAGCCAAACGUGGACACUCUAGGACGGUGGAGAUCUUGCUCCGUCACGGCGCUGACCCGACCCUGUGUAACUACGAGGCUCAGACGGCCUUGGAGCUGGCCUUUUCCCCUGUGAAGACGGUGCUCCUGGACUGGGUCGAGAACUCCACAGAGCUCACCAGCCGACGUCUUCUACAGGCCGCCUGGCAGGGCAACGUGGCGGUCGUCCGCGCGAUUCUGGACAGCCGGCAGAUUUCUGACGUGAACUGCCAGAACGCAGAGGGGUUGACUCCCCUUAUGCUGGUGUCGCGGGACGUGCAGCUGUUUGAGCGUCUGUCCGUGCAGCUGAACCGACACUACAGCCCUGUGGAAGUGGCUGCGGAGCUCAUGAAGGCCAACGCAAACAUCCACGUGACGGACAAUGAUGGCCGGUCCAGCCUACACUACGCCUCUCAGUCCCGGGCGGGCGUCGCUGACCGACUAGUCACGACCCUCAUCACUGGUGGGAUGGACAUAGAGCUCCAGGACAAGCGACUGUUCACCCCGAUACACCUGGCCUCGCAGCUGGGGAACACAGACAACGUGGUGGCGCUGCUGGACGGAGGGUCAGAGGUCAACAUCAAGGGCUUCGGUGGUCUCACACCGCUCCAUAUGACGGCCUUCAAUGACCACCACAAAACGGCGGUCACACUUCUGAACCGUGGCGCCGACGUGCAGCUGGUGGAUGACCGCGGCCUGACUCCGCUGGACCUGGCGAAGACCCGCAAGAUGAAGGUCACGCUGAAGGAGGCGUGGACAGAAGCCACGAAGGUCCAGGCGACUGAGGCGGGGCCAGAGACAACCACCCCAAACAACAAGCAGACGAACGAUGGGCCGAGCAAGAAGAAGUCAGCUCCCCCGAAGAAAAAACCCGAAGUGAUAUUUGACGAUCUUGUAAGCAGCCCCGCAAAAACUCCUGCACCUACACCUAAGAACGGUGUGAAAAUUUUGAGCAACGUUGAGCGCUGCAAGCAGGCGGAGAGGAAGAUUCUGCAGGAAGUAGAAGCUUUAAAAGCCGCGCAUCCUGUUUUACAAAGAGAGAGCACUCGUAUGCUUGGGACCACCCGCAGUAAGAUCCUGCCUCAGAUCGGUCGCAGCACCAGCCCAGAGUACUCCCAGUCUCAAGGUCAUGACCGCGAGAGCCCAAGGUUAUCAGCAGACAGUGUUCUCACGUCGCUGGAGGACGCCCGUCACCAGCUGAUGUCUCGAGGUCGCUCUAUGUCCGACAUAAAGCUGGGUGUGGGCAGACAAAGCAUGCCUCUCUCCUCCCCCUGGCCAGCGGAUGAAGGGAGACUGGACGAGAUCCGAACCCCAGUCUCCAGCAGACCACGAAAAAGGUCAAAGAACAGACACCGAAGGUCAGGGUCUGACCCUCCGAUGCCCAACAUGGCCGACCUAGCCGUGUCAUGUGACCACUUCCUGCCCAGCCCGCAUCAGCAAAGAAACUCGGAGGUUGAGGGCGGUACCCCGAAGUCUAGUCAGAAGCUCUCCUCAACGGCUCCGGAGCCUGUGACUUUCAUCACUCAGUCGUCCUCACCGCUUGACUCAAAGGGAUACAAAGACUUCAGCAGACUGGACUCCCCCUUCGAGCUCCUGAGAUCUCGAUCCAUCUUCAAGGAGGAAUUCAUACUGGAGGAGAGCCGGCCGAGAGAGAUGCAUUCUGGGAGUUACCCGACGUCCUCCAGCGGCAGCAGUUUGUCUUCCUCCUCCCCGCGGGAUCAACCGUCAGUGCCGCACUCUCCGGGCAGAUCUCUCAAACGGGACCCGAGUCUCUCCACGCUACAGGAGCUGCAUGCCUCGGGGGCAGCGAAAAACUCUCCGGUUGAUAAAAACCAAAACUUUGUUGUCAGUAAAGACAGUGAGAACUGUAUACCUGUGAUAAAAGAGCAGUCGCAGCGUGUGAGGCGUAAAUCGGAAAAUUCUGCUUUGAACUCUAGGACCCGUGUUUUGAGGAUUGGCCCCAGUUCAGCGUUGAAACACGCAGCAAAAGGUUUAUCUUCAGAUGAGAACUCGAAUGUUUUGCAGGAUGGGUCGGGCUCUACACUGGGCACUCCUGAUCAGACGAGUCUAAUGCGCAAGAGUCAAAGUUUGGACAACGUGUCCCCUCGUUUUUCCUCCCCUCAGACGUCAUACGACGAACCUCUGUCUCAACGCUUUUGCUUGCCACAGGGUUCCUCCAGGAAGAAGCAACCGUCUGCUUCCAAGGACACUUCGCCAAAAGAGCCCGUCUCUAAUGAAAAUACUUCAAGGGAAAACUCCUUGAAGAAAUCUGUCUCAAAUGAAACUAGCUCUCAGAAUGCCGGUUCAAGAAGUGUACUAGAGAAAAGUAAAGCCAGUGUUCCAAAUGAUAAUGCUCAAACUUUAAACGCUGCUAAAUCUUCAGCCCAAAAGCCAGUUGCCCCUUUCAGUGGGAAGAUCCGAGUUGUUCAGAGCACGGAAAUGGAAAACUGGGACAAAGACUUCAUUUUUGACACGGAGCCUUCAGAAAAGACAAAACAGAGCUCACAAGCCUCCAAAAUCUCUAGUGGAAAAAGCAGGGCAGCUCUAGCUUUGAAUAAGUCGGUUCAGAAUCCACAGCAGGGUACCCCGUCCCAAAGGUCAGCUCGGAAGUCGUCCUUGACCUCCAAAAGUUAUUCGGGCCCUCUGUCUCAAAGGUCAUCGGGCACCGCUCCUGCUGGGGAGUCGGACAAAAGACCGCAGACGUCCUGCAAUGAUACGGGAGUGGCCAGGGAUCAAGGGCGGGAAGACGCAUCCCUCACUGAGAGAGAGCAGACAUUCUCAGACAUGCAGUCAAUGCCACCUCAGCCCGGGCGUCCGCCGUUGUCCGCUAAGCCGGCGUUUGUGACCCAGGUUCUGGAAUCUUCUCAGGAAUCCACAGCGGACAACUCACAGGAAGAUCCUGUUGCUUCAAACACUGCAGCUUCUAUAGGGAGAAAGGAUGCCGGUGCUUACGGGAAAAAUACUCACUCAAGACCUGGUGGCAUGGUCUCAUCAAAGUCUACUCCAAAUCUGAGGCCGAAAGAGUCGGGGUCACGUGGUGCAAUGUUUGUCGUUACAGAGGAGUCGGAGAGGAAAGGCAGUGCCAGCAAACAGAGGCAAGAGGAGAGGGCAGCUAUCGCCAAACAGAAAGCUAAAGAAACUGCUCAACUGAACAGUCCAUCCGUGAGAGAGGGCUUGCCAGAAAAUUCGAAAACCGAAUCCGUAAAAGCCAAAUUAUCAAAUAAGGCUGCUGCUGCUAAAGAGCCUGUGGUAAACAAAGGUUGUGAGUCAGCCAGAGUGAGAUCUGUGAAUAAAGCAGCGUCUUUAGAGAAAACUAUUCUCACUCAUCAGACGAAGAAUUCAGCUUUGACCUCUCAGCAGACAAAAGCGAAAUCACCUCUGGAAAAUUCGGCCAACAAAGUGCGAAGUAGUCAGGAUUCUCUCAUAGGAAGAAACAACAAGUCGUCCAUGGUGACUAAGGUGAACCCACCUAGCACGAGUGAAACGUCGUCAUCACGAACAAAUGCCAGUGCUUCUAAAAAUAAAUCAUCUGUUCAGUUCAGUAUGUCAAACAGAGGCUACGAGCAAAACAAAGCUGGCCAAGCUGUUAAAGAAGCUCAGCCUAGUUUGCCAGCUUCUGGAACAAGGCAGAAAGAAAAGAGUUCUGUUUUACCAACGCAAAACAAGCAAUCAGUCUCAAAAUCGGUUGACUCUACCCAACAAGCCCAAAGCCAACAAAAACCAAAAGAGUCCUCGGGCUCGGCUCCGUCAAAGCAACAGCUAAAACCAAACCCAAACACCGCUAUAAACCCAGAUCCGCAGUCACAGUCGCACCAGUCAAAAACAGAAGAAAAAUCGGUCAUCACAACGUCCCCCAUAGACCCCAAUAUUAUCCUCUCUCCACGCAAAAAUGAGCCCCUCGUGAAGAUCAAGUUUUUGUCACACACAACAACUCCAUCCUCACCACAGUCUAUAGCGGAAACAGCAGACGUUACUUCUAGCACCUACCACCAUAAUGCUCAAGCGAUAUCCACGCCCCUUAUCGUGAAUCCUUUUGAAAACUUUCUCCAGGCUCAUAUUAAGACCGUGGAAAACUCGAGCAAGGACGCGGUUGUUAAGAUGAAGAAGGUGCCAAGAGGGAACACAGGGGGUUCAAACAAAACUUCCAAAAAGUCGAGCAUAAAUUCUUCAUCAAACAAGAGGCCAACGUCCGGGGGAUCGAGGCAAAACUCGGCUGGUAAAAAACUUGGGACCAGAGGAAAAGAUUCGAAAUCAGAGAAAGAGGCUCGACCGAAAAGUUGUAAGCGAGGUAGAGGGAUUUCUGGGAAGAAAAAGAAGCAGCCAGAGACAACAGCCACUGAAAUUUCAUCAGAGGCACAGAAGCCAGACGUGGCCUUGAUAUCUGGGAUUGGAUGGCAGCUGUCCACAUCUUGUAUCGACAAGUCUGACGUGAAGGUCAAUGAUGAGAUUGACCUCCACUCCAGCGAUUCCGAGUGGUCGAACGAAGAAGAUUCUCGAGCUACGGACGGUCCGGUCACAGCCGGCCGAUCACACGACAACCUCCUCAACAAGCACAUGUUGGAAGCUUUCAAAGAGAAGAUCACUCUCAACUCCCCGAGAUUUCUCGAGAUGAAACGAAGGCAGGAGUCGCAACUUGAUCUGAAGCUCCCCAUCGUCACGGACGACGGGUUCCCCCCGAUGAACCUCGACAUGACUCAGCACAGCCAUAACCAGGCGCACGCCCGGGGGGAAACUGAGCUCCACUUUGGGCUGGAACAUAUCGGAGAGUCGGAGGACGUCUUGUGUGACAUGACCCACGUGGGCUCGCAGCAUAACAACGACAUUCAGAGGGAGAUCUUGAUGGGAAAAUUGACGCCUAUCCCAGAAGUCUCCAUGCUGUCGAAGACCGCUGAAGCCAUCACAGAAUUUGACAAGACCGUUAAAGAUAGUCAGCUGGCGGAGCUUUUAGGGGAAACUUCGAGUCGUUUAGACCAUCAUGAAAGAGAGAAAGAGAAAAAGAGGUCGGCUAACAAAUCCAGGUACAUCAAGGAAAAGUCUCGAAGCUCGGGUAUUGAAGAAAAAACUGUAAGAAAUGAUGCAAUCCAUUACGAGUACACUGCUUCUGGCAAAACCAUACGCCGCACGCAGAGUUUAAAAGAGGGCCUGAAUGUUCAGAGGCCUAGAAGGGAGAGAACUUUUUCGGAAACGAAAGAUGACGAGAAACGCGAUGCCGCUGAGGAAGAGAUUGACGAGGCCAUCGAGGAGAUUCUGUCCAACACGACGUCGUCCAUGAACUCCACGCUGAGAAGUGUAACUCACAAACUGAAGGAGCAGCCACACAGUGGCGCCAUGUCGCUGACAGACGGCGACCGAAGUAUACUCCUCAAGCUGAAAAGUUCUUCAUCCCCGUUCCAUGCCCGGUCGGCUGAACUCAACUCUGGCGUGGCUACUGACCAUCAGCAAGACGUCGGAUCGAACUCAUCCACAUCUCGGGCCGACCUCGAGGUUGGUGACAGAAAGCAAGUCUCCGCAGCAAAACAAAACUCGCACGAUAAAUCCGGUGCGAAAUCGAGUGCCCAAAAUACCGUCUCAUCUGCUCGAGCCAAAGAAUCUGUUGCAGAAAAUUCUGGAAAGCCACCUGUCUCUGUGAGAGCUUCACGGAGUAAACAGCCUUUACAGAGAAGUGCGUCUUUGAGAGCCAGUCAAGAGUCAUUGGCUGUGGAACCGGUGAUGCUUACCGAGGAAGAAGCCCGACAGUUAGCCAAGGUCAUGAACAGUUUCCGGCACAUGGAGCUGCACGCCUCUGGCCACGUGGCCGAAGGCACUGGGGGCUCGGCCAAAAUGUCUUCGCGUCAAGGCAAAGGCAGCCUUGUGGCAGCUGCCGCUGGCGACUACAAUCUCGUGCCGCGACCAGCUUCCACUGGGGCCGCGGCGUCAUCCAAGGUCAAGGGGAAGUUCCAUGAGCUGAAGCAAAGCGUGGUUGUGUCCGUGGCCCCGAGAGAGGCCGGAAGCUCUGGACAGGCGUCGAAGAAAGCAAAAGAUGUUUCUGUUGACAAGCAGGUGGUGAUGAAAGAAGAGGAAUCCUUGCUGGAGUGUAUCGCGGACAUCAAUGUAGCCCCGGAGGUGAUGGCACAGGCUCCUUCCUUGCAGCAAAUGUGUGAGCAGCUGAGCGUGCGCCGGGGCAGUCUGGCGGGCAGUGAGUGCACAGUGGACAGUGUCCAGUCCACCCCAGUUGAGGAGACCAUACAGUGGAAGAAAGGCAACAUUCUCGGCCGGGGGGCCUUUGGCACAGUGUGGUGUGGCUUGACCAACGAGGGUCAGCUGAUAGCGGUGAAGCAGAUUGAACUGACCACCAAAGACAUCCCCAAAGCCCAGCAUGAGUACGAGAAGAUCCAAGAGGAAGUGGAGCUCCUCAAGACUCUAGAGCACAUCAACAUUGUGGGCUACCUGGGCACCAGCCUGGAGGAAAGUACCGUGAGUAUCUUCAUGCAGUUUAUCCCAGGCGGAUCCAUCGCCAGCAUCCUGGCGCGCUUCGGAGCGCUGGACGAGUCGGUGUUCCGGCGCUACACGCGGCAGAUCCUGGAAGGUGUGGAGUAUCUGCACGAGAAUGACGUCAUUCACAGAGACAUCAAAGGAGCCAAUGUGAUGCUGAUGCCAAACGGUGUGAUCAAACUCAUCGACUUUGGCUGUGCCAAGCGACUCUGCAUCAACCUAAGCAUCUCGCAGACGGAGAUCCUCAAGUCGAUGAAAGGGACGCCUUUCUGGAUGGCCCCGGAGGUGGUCAACGAGACGGGACACGGGAAGAAGUCGGAUAUUUGGAGUAUCGGCUGUACUGUGUUUGAGAUGGCUACCAGGAAACCUCCAUGGGCUGACAUGAAUCCUAUGGCGGCCAUCUUUGCCAUCGGGUCGGCGGACCGCCCUGUACCCUCUCUGCCAGAGAAGUUUUCCCUGGAGGCUCGGGACUUUAUCUCGGAAUGUCUCACAAGAGAUCAAGAGAAGAGACCCAGCGCCUCGCAACUUUUGGACCAUCUGUUCAUCACGCGGAGAAACAGUCGCAGAAACUCCAAGACAAACGCCUGAGAUUCUGAGAACAAUUAUGUACUCAGUAUAGGUGCUCAUCUUUUACGAAAAUGUAGGCAAGAGGACAUGACCAUCAUGAUAACAAGGA